AUUCUAGCUCAGAGGAAGAGGAAGAGGAGGAUGAAGAGGAAGAGGAGGAAGCAGAGGACUACGGGACGGACGGCACCGACAGGCUUUCAUCACCUGCCCUUGAUGAGAGUGGCCUGGGCCUUCUAGCAAGGUUUGCCGCCAGUGCAAUGCCCAGCCCCAUUGUUCCCCCUCCACUUUCCAUCAUCCAGCUGGAGGCCAAGCAGAAGGCGAAGAAGAAGGAGGAGCGGCAGAGCCUGAUGGGGACAGAGUUUGAAUACACCGACUCGGAAAGUGAGAUCAAGAUCAGGAAGAAGUCACCUUCAGGGCUGCUGCGGGGAAAGAAGGGGCCAUUGGAGGCAAGCAGCAUCCCACCAAGCCAGGCCCCCAGCAGCCUCGACUCUGGAUCUGGGAGUGCUGACAAGGCCAAGCUUGGGUCUGAGAAAGGCCGCAAGCUGAAGAAAUUCAAGUCUCCCAAGGACUUGAGCUUUGAGUUUGGGCUAGAGGCCAGCGAUGAUGACCUGUGGAACCGGCGCCGGAGCGAGCGGAUCUUCCUCCACGACGCCACCACGUCCUCAGCCAUGCUGACCCCUACGGCGCCUGCCAGCUCCACUCCUGUCUCCAAGCCUGGGCGCUGUGGCAAGGGGGCACCCAUGAGCCCCAAAAAGGAGGGCAGCAAGGGGAAGGAGAGGAAGGAGCUAAGCAAGCGGAAGAAGGGUAAAGAAACGCCCUGCUGCUCGUCCUCCUCGUCCAUGUCUCCUCCUGGCAUUCCUAGCUCCCCAUCUGAUGUUCGUGUCAGCCUGGCGAAUGCCCUGGGCUCCACCAAGAAGAGCAAAGCUAAGGUGAAAGCCAAGGAGGUGAAAAAAGAGAACCGAGGGAAAGGAGGAGCUGUCAGCAAGCUCAUGGAGAGCAUGGCAGCAGAGGAGGAUUUUGAACCCAACCAAGACAGCAGCUUCUCAGAGGAUGAGAACAUCCCACUGAGCAUGCUGGUCGAGCGACCGCCCACACCAGCUCCCCGCUCCUGCAUAAUUGACAAGGAUGAGCUGAAAGACGGUCUGCGUGUCCUCAUCCCCAUGGAUGACAAGCUGCUCUAUGCUGGGCAUGUCAAGACGGUGCAUUCACCAGACAUAUACCGUGUGGUGGUGGAAGGCGAGAGGGGAAACCGUCCCCACAUUUACUGCCUGGAGCAGCUCUUGCAGGAAGCGAUUAUCGACGUGAAACCACCUUCAGUGCGAUUCCUGCCCGAGGGCACAAGGAUUGCAGCCUACUGGAGCCAGCAGUACCGCUGCCUCUACCCAGGGACAGUUGUCCGAGGAGCCCUGGAUCUGGAGGAAGAUGGCGAUCUCAUCACAGUAGAGUUUGAUGACGGGGACACAGGACGUAUCCCGCUGUCUCACAUUCGGCUUCUCCCACCUGACUACAAGAUCCAGUGUGCUGAGCCUUCCCCGGCCCUUUUGGUGCCCAGCACCAAGCGCCGUAGCCGUAAAUCCAGCAAAGACACUGGAGAAGGAAAAGAGGGACCUACACUGGGGUCAGAGGAGCCUGUGUCAAAGGGCAAAGGGCGAGGGAGAAAGCCAAGCGUCAAGGCAAAAGCUGAAGAGGCUCCCUUGCCAGAAGAGAAGGAUCAGGUUGAGUCUUCACCUGUUGCCUCUUCAGUCCCAGAGAAGCCAGCCUGCUUGGGCAAGCCAAGCAUGAAGGGGUCGAGAAAAUCACAACCGCUGCCGACUGGAGGCUCUCCGGCCCCCGCAGAGGAAAAGCGGUCAAAAGCCAGCAAAAUGAAGAUCUCCACUAAGCUGCAUAGCCCGCCGCAACCCGCUUACCAGCCUGCUGUGUUUGGCAGCAUCCUCGGCACGGAGCCCUACAGUGACCUCCCGGGGACACUGGCGGCCUUCGGCUCCAGCGAUGCUUCAGCAUCGAAAGCCAAGGCGAAGAAAGGGCGGCCUGCAGAAGAGACGCAGGAAUUUGGCACCAUGGUCAAGGCUCAGAGGAAGCAUGACAACGAAAUCCUGAUCAAGCUGGACCAUGAGGGUGUGAUGUCUCCAAAGACAAAGAAGAUGAAAGAGGCUAUGAGGAUGCUGGAGGACUCAAACCUGGCCAGUCGCAGAGACGGCAAGAGUCUCUUGGGGCUGGGCUAUUCCCCUGCAGUGGGUGCAGAGGGCAAGCAGAAAUCUUCCCGAGCCAAAGCAGCUGAGGGAGACCCUUCCCCUGCCAGCUUUGGAGGAAAGUUCGAUGGCUCAGCAGAGAGCCUCACUGCUUCAAAGGACCAGGAAGAAAAGGCAGCAGCUCCGGCAGCCGUGGAGGAGUCAGAGAGCAACAGCAGUGACAGUAGCUCGGAGUCAGAGGGAGAAGAGGAGGCUGAGAAGAACCGAGGGGAAGCCCAGGACAGCAGCUCGGCCAGCUCAAGAGCAUCCACCCCUCUCUCUUCCUCCAACUCCUCCUCCUCUUCCUCUUCUAGCAGCAGCUCUUCUUCAUCCUCCUCUUCCUCCUCUUCCUCAGCCUCAUCAACCUCUUCUUCAUCAAGCUCCAGCUCUUCUUCCUCCUCCACUACGGAUGAAGACUCCUCCUGUAGUUCUGAUGACGAAGUAGCUGAGGCCCAGCCAAGUUCCUCGGUGCAGCAAACCCUCCCACCCAAGCAAACCAAGCAGGCAGGGAAAUCCCGUGCGUCCUCACACCCCCAGAACCAGAAACAGCCGGCGCAGCAGCCGGUGCAACAGCCGGCACCGCAGCAGAGCGGCAACAAGAGCAGGCCCAAGAAGCGCGAGGGCAUCCACCUGCCCACCACCAAGGAGCUGGCCAAGCGCCAGCGACUGCCGUCGGUGGAGAACAGGCCCAAGAUUGCUGCUUUCCUCCCUGCACGGCAGCUGUGGAAGUGGUUUGGGAAACCCACACAGAGACGAGGAAUGAAAGGGAAGGCCAGGAAGCUCUUCUACAAGGCCAUUGUCCGGGGCAAGGAGAUAAUCCGCAUCGGAGACUGUGCGGUCUUCCUCUCAGCCGGCCGCCCCAACCUGCCCUACAUUGGCCGGAUCCAGAGCAUGUGGGAGUCGUGGGGGAACAACAUGGUGGUCCGAGUCAAAUGGUUUUAUCACCCAGAAGAAACCAACCCCGGGAAGAAACUCAAUGAAGGCAAGCGCUGGGAUCAGAAAUCAGGCAGGAGUCUGUCCACAGCUUUGCAGGCAUCCAACCAGAGGAAGGACUUUAUGGAGCGAGCCCUCUACCAGUCCUCUCACGUGGAUGAAAACGAUGUCCAGACCAUCUCACACAAGUGUCUUGUUGUUGGUCUGGAUCAAUAUGAGCAGAUGCUAAAGACGAAGAAAUACCAAGACAGUGAGGACCUCUACUACCUUGCAGGGACCUACGAGCCCACUACGGGCAUGAUCUUCAACACGGACGGGGUCCCUGUCAUCUGCUGACCGCCCAGGGGACACGUGCCACCCCCUGGGAAGGGAAGGGACAAACCUGAGGACGUGCCUGUUCAGACGACAUGAUUGUUUCUUUCAAUGCUCAUGACUUCUGUGUCACACUACAGACAGGAGAGCGCGAGAGACACAAGGAGGAAGGAGAGGGCUGAAGAAAGGGGUUGGGGAAGCAGUUACAGGACUUGAGGAAGAUGCCGUUGGGUGGUUGUGAUGGUGGUGGUGCUUGAACCCCAAGGCUCUUCUGGAAGUGGCUUUAAGUAAGGUGACACUUGACCAACUUCUCCCUUCCUCCUUUUGGUCCAGGAAAGCACAUGGGUCUCGUGAUCAUUUCACCAGCGGGACCCCCCCGGCAGGAGGGAUCCCUUUUGUGUCAUUUGCCCCCAUCAGUAACUCGGAAGCCGCCUGUACGUGGAAGGACAGCCAGUAGCCGCCUGCGUACGCUCCUCUCCGUCCUUAUAUUCCUUUCUUGCUUAGUUUCGCAUGACCCUUUAGGAAGGACAGGGUGAAAGAGAAAGGAGAUGAGUCUCUCUCAGCGCCUCGUCUCGAUCCUCUCAGCGCCUUUUUGCGGCUCCCUUUCCCUGGAGGCCCCCGGCUGGCAGUGUGCAGCACAAAGGGGCAGAGCUCACCCCAGCACGAAGAUGGCAGAAGAGGUCCUCUGGGCUGGGAGGAGC